AUGGGGAAGCGUUUUUCAAUCUUUUGGAAACUAAAAUUACUCCAAAUCCACCGUAACACCAACCAGGAAUUCUCUCUCUCUAAACUUCCAACCUUCUGAUCCGCAGGAGGGAAAUUGCUCGGCUGUAAGAAGCUCUCACCCUUCAUACUCCGAUUUGGAAUUCUCGAUCGAGUAUUUUUUGCGAAACGCAUUGGAUUUGUUGGUGUUGUACUGGACGCCGUGGAUUGGAGGGAAAUCUUGAGGGAUUUUUGGUUUUUUUUUUGGUUUUUGUGAAGUCGUCUUGAUCUCAAUCUGGAAGUCAUUGUCGGCAGGGGAUUGGUUGAUGCGAGUUUAGAUUUCAUGGUGGCGUUUGACCGCCAUGGAUGGUGGGGAGGCUGUGCUAGGGUUGUUGUUUUUGUUGUUGUUGAGUUGUCGUGGCCAACGAUUACUAUCUGAAGGAAGCUGCAUAGAGGAUGAUGCAGCUUCACUUCUCGCCUAGCAUGAGAAGCAUCACGAUCUCGACCAAUAAUGGCUUUAUUGAUUUCAUGAAGAUCAAGGUUGCAGCUCGCCAUAUCUCUUACCGAACCAUUUUCCACACCUUCCUCCUCCUCGCAUUUCUCUUGCCUUUUGUCUUUAUCCUCACUGCCGUCGUUACCCUCGAAGGCGUCAAUAAGUGCUCCUCGUUUGAUUGUUUAGGCAGGCGGUUAGGACCACGACUUCUUGGUAGGGUUGACGGUUCAGGGAGACUUGUCAGUGACUUUUACAAGAUUCUCAAUCAAGUUAAAACUGAAGAACUACCCGAUGGGCUAAAGCUGCCAGAUUCUUUCACUGAAUUAGUUUCAGAAAUGCAGAGUAACCAAUAUGAUACAAAGACCUUUGCUAUAAUGUUAAAGGCAAUGAUGGAGAAAUUUGAAAAGGACAUUAGAGAAUCUAAGUUUGCAGAGUUGAUGCACAAGCACUUUGCUGCUAGUUCCAUUCCAAAAGGCAUCCACUGCCUAUCUCUUCGUUUAACCGAUGAAUAUUCAUCAAAUGCUCAUGCACGUAAACAAUUGCCUUCUCCAGAGUUACUUCCUUUACUCUCGGAUAACUCAUAUCACCAUUUUAUUUUGUCAACCGACAACAUUUUGGCCGCUUCUGUUGUUGUCAAUUCUGCUGUGCGGUCUUCUCUCAGACCUGAAAAGAUAGUAUUUCAUGUCAUUACUGACAAGAAAACUUAUUCUGGUAUGCACUCAUGGUUUGCGCUAAAUUCUAUUGCACCUGCAAUUGUUGAAGUUAAAGGCGUGCAUCAGUUUGACUGGUUAACAAGAGAAAACAUCCCAGUGCUUGAAGCUGUAGAAAACCAGAAUGGGAUAAGAAGUUACUACCAUGGGAACCACAUUGUUGGUGCGAAUCUCAGUGAUACAACUCCACGGAUAUUUGCUUCAAAAUUGCAGGCUAGAAGUCCAAAAUAUAUAUCCUUGCUAAACCAUCUUCGCAUUUAUUUACCAGAGCUCUUUCCAAACCUGGACAAGGUGGUCUUCUUAGAUGAUGAUGUUGUGGUUCAGCGUGAUUUGUCUCCCCUAUGGGAUAUUGACCUUGAAGGAAAGGUAAAUGGAGCUGUGGAAACUUGUAAUGGUGAUGAUGAGUGGGUAAUGUCAAAGCGGUUCCGCAACUACUUUAAUUUCUCCCAUCCAAUUAUAGAAAGGCAUUUAAAUCCUGAUGAAUGUGCCUGGGCCUAUGGGAUGAAUGUCUUUGAUCUUCAUGCUUGGAGAAGGACAAAUAUAAGGGAACUUUACCACUCAUGGCUGAGAAAGAAUCUGAGGUCAAACCUGACAAUGUGGAAGCUGGGUACCCUACCCCCUGCUUUGAUUGCUUUUAGAGGUCAAGUUCAUCCAAUUGAUCCUUCAUGGCACAUGCUUGGCUUGGGCUAUCAGGAACGGACGGAUAUCGAAAAUGUGAAGAAUGCAGCAGUUAUCCACUACAAUGGGCAACUGAAGCCAUGGUUGGAAAUCGGGUUCGAGCAUCUCCGUCCCUUCUGGACCAAGUAUGUCAAUUACUCCAAUGAUUUUAUAAGAAACUGUCACAUUGUGGAAUCAUAGACAAUUGUC